GCUCGGUUUCAAGUGAAUCUAUUAAUAUUGAGGAACAAGAAAGUCUUUUAAGAAUUGAACGUGAGAAGCUUGAUAUUCAGAAAAACAAAAAUGAUGAAUUGGAAAGACAAAUAAUGUUACUAGAAAAACUUCAAAAACUUCAAAAUAAUUAA